CGGCGCGCAGCAGUUCAAAAUAUAGCUCGACUCCGUCGCCGUCGCCUCACUCAGCGGUUAAUUCGGAUCAUUGCGGCGUAGCGUGUGAGUGGCGGCCAGCAGCGCGUGCGGCGGAUCACCUUGCGGAGAUUUUCGGUAACGGAUUAUUGCUUGGUGAAGAUAACGCAUUUAGCGCUUCUUUCUUCCGGUUUGCGGCAGUGCGUGAAUCGACGAAACGAAAGCCACACACAAUAUUGGCACAACGUGACUGGUUGAUUUGUCGUGUUCUGAUUCCCGUCGAAAUGGGACCAUCAUGAAGCAAAGUGCACGUUUUGGGUGGAAAGUGAAGCAUCUGGCAAGCAAACGCUAGGUUCGAAAGUAGCAGUGCUAAUUGGUGCAGGAAGAAAGCGAAAUCUAGAACAAAUAAGUCAGAAUCAGUUGAAAGGGGGAGAACAAGUUGCAGAGACUUGAAGGAUGCUGAAGAUGCAGAUGUUGGAGCUGUUGCUGAUUUGCUGCUUGUCGGCAAUGUCGGUUCUCGGCGAACCGUGUCCGGACCAAACUCGCCCGCAUGCCUCGCGCUGUGAUCAGUACUUCCGUUGCGUGCUGCUGCCAUCGAAGACGCACGUCUGGGUGCCGACGCAGUGCAAGAAAGGCCUAAUCUAUGAACCACAGCUUAAGACCUGUGUUUUGCCGGGUGAUAAUUGGGAGUGCGAUCUGUCGGCUGAGGAUGGUGACGAGAGCGGUGAGAACGUAUAUGGGAUCAAUAAUUUGCCGGCGGCCAUCUAUACAGGGCCAACGCGUAGACCGAUCACCAAAACAACACCGCUUGUCUCGGCAGAUAGGGAGGUUGUUGCUCUGGAUAAUGGGUAUGGUGUUGGCGUUUCAGGAGGCGGGAUCACGACUGAACAGGAUUUUGCAACCGAAUCGGAAACGGAUACACCUGGUGGAUUGCAAGUGCCAAAUCUGCCAUCGAUCAAUGGAGAUAAUGAAGGUUAUUAUAUUAUAUUGGAUGGCGAUGGAAACAAUCGAACGACUUACUACCAUACGCCGCCUCCCAAUGGCGACGAAGACACACUAGAGCUCAGCGGAGAUGGUCCGAUUGACGAAACUGCCCCCGCUGUCGCAGGGAUUUAUAGCGGGAAUAGAAUAAAGGACCAUUCCACAAAACCACAGAAGAACUCAAGACCAUCGAACAAUGAUUUGAGCUUGUUCCUUGCGGAUUAUACCUUACAGACGAACAGUGAAGCUCCUUUGAAUAGUAACACGAAGCUUCCACUACCACCGGAUGGCAAAAUUCCUCCCGAACAUCUAUCUACAAUUCUAGAUCAGCAGAAAAAACUAAAUAAAUAUGCGUCACAAGUUAAACGAAAGGGAGAUCCUUCUGGAGGAGCGGGCAAUAAAUCACCUAUCUCGCAUCGACCGGUUUAUAUAAGGCGCCCAGAAGGGUCAGUCCUGUUCAAUGUACCACAGCGAAUUCCAGAAAAGUCCAACUCUAAGCCUCCAUUAAUGUCUGAAGACGUUAUUCGGAGUAUAAUUGAAAUCUCUCAGCAGAUGAUGACCCAACAGAAACCUUCCAAAGAGGAGAUGUAUGUGAAGCCUAUAUUUAUUCCAAUUUCAGUGACUUCGCCGAACCAAGAUUUCACAAGAGUCCCAGAAAACCCGAACAAAGUUGUGUACCACCAGCUGUUUCCAUCGCUUUCCAAUCAUAGUUCUCAGCUCAGUCCCAAACCAAUCGGCAUAACUAUAACAAACCCUUACACUUUAGGUCAAGCGACGAUUUACGACAACUUGCGUGAACAGAUAAUGAACGAUUCGAUGUACAGCAACUAUAAAACGGCUUUUGUAGACGUUUACGGUAAUCAUUUCCCACUACAAUCACCGAUUCCGAACGCUCCUAUAUAUUCCUACCCGCAACAACAACAACCAUCACCACCUCCGUCACCGCCGCAAAUGGCCUACCCAGUGUACAAUCCUCCACAAUAUCAGUACCAGAAUCCAUACCUGAAUCCUUAUUACGAACAAUCACAAGCGUUAAAUCGCCUAAGAAACACCCUCGAAAACGAGUUACAGUCCAACGAAAACGUCCUUUCAGAAGAAGUAGAUGACGCGUCACCUGAAGUUCAAGAACUGGACGAACCCGAAGCCGUCAACCUAAAUUUGUCUAAUGAACAAGAAGACGAAGAGACUUCUGAUCUAACCGGAACCAAAAAGCUAAUCGCUGUCGGUGGAUCUAUCAUGAACUACAAAGAUUACAAGGAUAGUAUUCUACCGCUGCUGAAUGUCGACCCAACAGAAGUUCGUAUUUCAGUGUUAACGUGCACUCUCGGGUCACGGCAACCAAACAAGACCGACUGCACUAAGUAUUACGUUUGCAAUCCACAAAAUGGAGCGUUCCAAUCGUUUACUUGCCCCUCGUUCACCGCCUUCAACGCUGACACUCGCCUGUGUGAUUCGGAUACCUACAGGUCUUGUCAAAACAACCAGCAAGCUACCACAACUCAACUACCCACCACCAUAUCCCGUGUAGCUCCGACUACGCUCAAUUCCAAGAUCUCUUCGGAAACCAAUCAGCUAAAGCAAGAUCUGUUAACCGCCCAUAAGUACCUCGAUAUGAUCAAGAAGCAAGCCUAUCAAAUCCUUAGCCGAACUAAAGUUACCACCGAAAAACCCACAGAAGAGUAUCCGGAAGACGACGGCAUGAUCCGUAUUAUUCCGCCGACCAUGUCCACCGGAGUUCUUCCAUCGAUCACCGCUCCAACGUUCAUUUCGACCACCAUGAAGCGGUUGAGAGCGAAACCGAAACGAAAGCAUACCAAAAAGCGAACGUCCGUCAAGUCCGGUUUGCACAAAUCGGCUUUCACCAAGACGUCGCACAAAUCAGCGGUUACCGAGAGAGUGGCGACGACCACCACCGCGAAACCGCCGCCGCCCAAAGCACCCAAAUGUAAACAGAACGGCAAAAUGGCCGACCCGGCAGUGAAGCACAACUACUACGUGUGCUAUAAGGCCACGCCAAGGAAGUUCAUCAAAACGCGAAUGGCGUGCCCAAGUAAUCUGGUAUAUUGCGAGGCCACGCAGUUGUGCACGUUCGAUAAGAAGUGCAAAUAGUCGGGAGACCCCUCCAUGAGUUGGGGAUGUAACAUAGGAUUUCUUAGAUUGAAUGUAUUUAUUGUUUUGCGAGUAUUUAUUAAAUGAAAUGAAUGUGCGAAUAAAGACCGUUAGUAGAUUGA